UUAACCUUGGAGUCUUGAGAAGGAGGACAAAAUUGGCACGGCCCAGACGCGAAAAAUCUCCUGCACAAACCUUCCAUCUCCAAGUUGUCGUGCUGCCAUAAGCCAAGCAACGAGGUAAAGAAAUGAACUCAAGGGCAUCCGACAGCAGUGAUGUGGGCUCGUUGUACACGAGCCAGUUUUUGCCCGGUGAUCGCGGUGCCAAGAGUAUGACAGGAGCUCCUGAAGAGGUUGCGGGUACCAAUGACGGGGCUCGAGGAACGAACGUGCGGGCUUUACUCUUGGACUUCUUGAAGAGGUCCUUCUCAGCUCUAUGGACGCUAAUUGUUGCUUUCGUGGGAUGCAUUCCAGAACUGCUGUUCAAGGGGUCGCCCGUUAUUGUUGGUGCCGCACUUGCGCUCCUUGCCGAACUGUUGCUCUUUAUCGGGAUAUUCUUUCGAGCCAAAUACACAGGUCGUCGUGGGACGGCGUGGUGUCAUGGUGUUGCCAUCCUGUCUAUUUUGAUGAUUUUGAUUUUCGUUUGGAUCCUUGCUAUCGCGAGAUGGACGCGCCGCUUCGAGGUCGACAAGCAAGACGGAACUGACAAGGCCAGGGAUGAUGCGAGCAGCGACGACGAGGAAAAGAACCUGCCGCUAAACACAAUGAGAGAAGACGAUCAUCUGGAGUCUAUCGAUCUGACCGGCUCAGGUGAAAACAGUGAAGCAACACCCACAGCCACGUCCACCGACGCAUCAGGACGAGAGAAGCCCACAAAACGCCUGAUCCCCUAUCUGUCCAACAAAACCAAGUGGUUCGCUCUACUUGUACUUACUCCGUUGGUAGUGAUGAUGCUGGUUUUCACUGAAAUAACGCUUUGGUAUCAAAUGCCCCGGAACUCGAUCAUUAAGCUCGACCCUAACCAACUAGCACUGAGUCCAAAGAGUGAAUACGUUCCGGCUGGCUGCGAAAUUCAAGAACGGUGGGACGAGGCCGUCAAGUUCUUCAAUGGCAGUAUCUCGGUUGCGGAUGUAUUGCUGGUGUAUGUGAACAACCCUUUUACGGAUGCUCCGGCCUAUCAGGCAGACAGCACUGUGUAUUUGCCCGAGUACAGCCGUUGCCCCUCCGUAAGGUUGUUGGUCCACGAAAUGGUUCAUGUCUGGCAAGAACAGACUAGCUAUUGGAGCGGACCAGGUGCUCCUGGAAGGUUUAUUCGCAUGCGCUUGGACCGUCUACGAUGUUCGUGGUGUCUGGAAGACUACGGGGGCAGGGAGGGAAUAAUUACCGCUCUGGAGCAAUCGCGGUCGGGCAAUACAACAGCAGCAGACAUCAAGGCAGCCUUUGGCCCCGAGCAAAUGGCGGAGAUCGUGGAAGACUAUUACUACCAUAAGUUGGUCUCUGAAAUGUGUGAUGAGAACAUCCAUGAAGUUGAGGGCAGGUCGUUGGAGGCUUUGCACUCUGCCAGCGACGGUAGCCAAGCAAACACAAGCGAACUUCUCUUCUAUAGCCCCGGGCACAACUCAACAGGCAACAGCACCAUGAACGCCUCCGAAAGCAUUGAUAGCCAAGACACCGCGGACGUCGACAAAGCCAUUGAGCCUGACGAUGACUAUUCCGGGUUUCAGUUCUAUGAAGAAUUCAGCAAUGCGGAGUACUGUGAGGCCCUCCGUUUUUAUUCUUGCCAAGUGAUCAACUGCUAGCUGCGUUUCGAGUUCUGAAAAAGUGAUCCUAGAGUAUGUAGCGAAUCCACUUGCUAGUGAGGUCCCGGUCGGUACCUUGGUGAACCGUGUCCCUUGUUCAGACCUGAAAUAGACAAUGUUUCUAACCUUAUAGCUAGGUAGCUGUGAAAUCC